AUGGGCGUGGACUACUACAAGAUUCUUCAGGUAGAUAGGAGCGCCAAAGAUGAUGAUAUUAAAAAAGCAUAUCGAAGCCUGGCCAUGAAGUGGCACCCUGAUAAGAACCCUAACAACAAGAAAGACGCUGAAGCUAAAUUCAAGCAAAUCUCAGAAGCUUAUGAUGUCUUGAGUGAUCCACAGAAGCGAGCAAUGUAUGAUCAGUAUGGUGAGGAGGGGUUGAAUGGGGUGCCGCCUAGUGGCGGUGGUUUUCCGGGUGGCAGCGACGGUGGGCCGACAACAUUCCGGUUCAAUCCCAGAACUGCAGAUGAUAUUUUUUCUGAGUUUUUCGGGUUUACGAGUCCCCUUGGUCGUGGUGGAAUGGGGGAUAUGGGUGGUCGACCUGGAUUUUCCAGGGGUGGCACGUUUGGUGAAGAUAUUUUUGCUCAAUUUCGGAAUGCAGCUGGGGAGGGCUCAGGCCAUAUGCCAAGGAAAGGGGCACCCAUUGAAAGAACAGUACAUUGUAGUUUGGAGGAUUUGUAUAAAGGGACUACCAAGAAAAUGAAGAUUUCAAGGGAUGUUAGUGAUGUCAAUGGGAGACCCUCCACAGUAGAGGAAAUCCUUACAAUUGAGAUCAAGCCAGGUUGGAAGAAAGGAACAAAAAUAACAUUUCCUGAAAAGGGAAAUCAACAAAGAGGUGUUAUCCCUGCAGACCUUGUAUUCAUCAUCGAUGAGAAGCCUCAUAGCCUCUUUAAGAGGGAUGGCAAUGAUCUUGUUGUCACCCAGAAAAUAUCUCUGGUUGAAGCCUUGACAGGUUACACAGUGCAGCUGAUAACCCUUGAUGGAAGGAAUCUGACAAUCCCAGUUAACAACACGAUUAGCCCGACAUACGAAGAAGUUGUGAAAGGAGAGGGUAUGCCCCUUCCCAAAGAACCUUCCAAGAAGGGGAACUUGAGAAUCAAGUUCAAUAUCAAGUUUCCCUCCAGGCUCACAUCCGAUCAGAAAAGUGGCAUCAAGCGAUUGAGUGGAGGAGGCACUUUAGCCUUAUUGAGUACUACUUAUACUAAUACACAUUCUUCAAGUUUUUAUUUUUCCUCUAUUUCUCCAACCUCUUUGAUCAAUUCCCAUGGUCUUUCUCUCCAAUUCCAUUUAGCUUCUCCAAAUCCCAAACCCCUACGCUUAGAUCUCAAUUGGGUUAUGGACAUGGCUUCCAGUCCCCGCACCGUUGAAGAGAUCUUCAAGGACUAUAGCGCCAGAAGAACCGCUGUUAUUCGUGCUCUCACUCAUGACGUUGAUGAAUUUUACGGGCUCUGCGAUCCAGAUAAGGAUAACCUGUGCCUAUAUGGACAUCCAAAUGAGGCCUGGGAAGUAACUCUGCCAGCAGAGGAAGUUCCACCAGAGCUCCCUGAGCCAGCUCUUGGAAUCAAUUUUGCUAGGGAUGGCAUGAACCGUAGGGACUGGCUUUCUCUGGUUGCUGUGCACAGUGACUCAUGGUUGGUUUCUGUGGCCUUUUACCUCGGGGCUCGCCUUAACCGCAAUGAAAGGAAACGUUUGUUUAGUUUGAUCAACGAUCUCCCAUCCGUUUUUGAAGUUGUGACUGAAAGGAAACCAAUUAAGGACAAGCCCACCGUGGAUAGUGGAAGCAAGUCUCGGGGAAGCACCAAGAGAUCCAAUGAUGGGCAAGUUAAAAGCAACCCAAAGUUUGCUGCAGAUGAGGGUUACGAGGAGGAUGAAGAUGAGCACAAUGAAACACUCUGUGGAAGCUGUGGUGGAAAUUACAAUGCCGACGAGUUUUGGAUUUGCUGCGACAUAUGUGAGAGGUGGUUCCAUGGGAAGUGUGUUAAAAUCACCCCUGCAAAGGCUGAGAGCAUAAAGCAUUGGUGUGGACAUGGAGUGAACCAUAGACAUUAUCGCCACCAAUUGAAUCAUUCCCAUGGGGACAAAGGAAUAAACCAGAACACCAAAGACCCCAAAAGUAGUGGAAUGGGUUCCUCUCGCUCACGUGGCUCUGCCACUGCCAAAGGACGCCUACGUUGGACUCAAGAACUCCAUGAUCGCUUUGUGGACGCUGUAAAUAGACUAGGGGGCCCUGAUAGUAAGUCCUUCGUUGCAUGUCAAAUCCUCAUUUACUUGGAGUGGGGCAACACCAAAAGGUAUAUUGAAAGGAAUGAAGGGAAUGGGUAUUUCAGAGCUAAGCAUUUAUCACGUCAAAAGUCACUUGCAGAAAUACAGGAUCUCCAAAUUGAUUCCAGAGUCUCCCACAAUGCUCUUCAACUAAAGGAACUCCUUCAAAUGCAGACAGAGAUGCAAAAUCGCAUGAGUGAUAAAACAGAGGUUCAGAGAAGUUUGAAGGUAAAAGUUGAAGCACAACGAAAGUACUUUGAGAGAAUUGGACAAAGUAAUCAAAGCAAGACAAUAAUUGGAAAAUCAAGCAAGCCUUUUGCUUCUUCUACAACUGCACCCCUGCCUUCUCUUUAUGAGGAUUCUGAAUCAUUGAAGUCCCAAACUGAGGAAGAGCAUCAAUCAGCCAAAAAGCAAAGGACUUCAGAAGAGGGUGUUUUUCCAACAAGUUUUGAACAUGCACCAUCCACCCCACUAGAAUUCUACAACCAAACAUGGAAUCUUCUUUGGAGUCAGCUUGCACCAGUAUGCCAAUCAACUUUGGAGCCCAGUUUCUUAUUCUGA